CAUGUACCCCAGUCCAACGCCUAUUAGCGGGGUUGCCAAUUUGGACAAACGCCACGGCAUGGGAACUGCCUAGUUUACAGCAGGAGUGAAAGACACAGUCCGACUGGCCAUUCGCACGGACUGUAUUCCAGCGAGAUCACACGCACUAUGCACAAUACUUCCCAUAUAAAUUUGUAGCCAUCUCACUCUGUACCUCUUUCUCUCCACCCGUUCUACCGACUUGUCUUUCCAGCCUGGUCACAACCACUUGGCAAGAUGAAGUUCCCUCAGGUUUACUCUGUCUACGCUAUUUGUGGCUUUGCCGCACUUGGUGGUAUUCUCUUCGGUUUCGAUAUCUCGUCCAUGUCGGGCGCUCUUGGCACUCCGGCGUACAAGCGCUACUUUGGCAACCCCAGCGGAACUCGCCAAGGUGGCAUAACCGCUGCUAUGCCUGCUGGCUCGCUCUUGGGAGCUCUCUCCUCUUCUUUCAUUGCUGAUCGGCUCUCACGUCGCGUGGCUAUCCAGAUCGGUGCUCUCAUCUGGAUUGUUGGAGCAAUCUUCCAGGCAGCGGCCAACGGUGUCGCUCUCCUCUGCGUUGGUCGAGCAGUUGGCGGAUAUGCCAUUGGUAUCUGCUCCGCCAUGGUGCCCGUAUACCAAGCCGAAAUCGCGCCAAAGCACAUUCGUGGCCGUGUGGUUUCACUACAGCAAUGGGCUAUAACUUGGGGUAUAUUGAUCCAAUACUUCAUCCAGUACGGAAGUUCCUUCGUAGAUGGAGGUGUUGACAACCCGAACCAAGCCACCGCUGCCUUCCGUAUCCCAUGGGGUAUUCAAGCUGUUCCCGGUGCGAUCCUCUUCAUCGGGUUCUUCUUCUUUCCUCGAUCUCCACGUUGGCUAGCUUCAAAAGACCGCUGGGAGGAGGCUCUUCAAGUGCUUGCCAACCUCCACGGUGGUGGCGAUGUCAACCACCCCAAGGUUCUCGCUGAAUACAAGGAGAUUGAGGAGGCUCUUGCUUUCGAGCGUGAGGUUGCCGAAACCAGUUUCGCUGCUCUUGUCAAACCCCGCAUCCUCAAGCGCGUUAUACUCGGCAUGUCCAUCCAGAUGUGGUCGCAGCUUUGCGGUAUGAACAUUAUGAUGUACUAUAUUGUGUUCAUUAUGCGCGGAGCUGGAAUCGCCGAUGAGCUCCUCACUGCAUCCAUCCAGUACAUUAUCAAUGUUGCCAUGACGCUCCCGGCUAUCCUAUACCUAGACAAGUUCGGUCGUCGCCCAGCAUUGCUCUGCGGAUCCUUUGGAAUGGCUGUUUGGCUCUUCACCACGGGCGCUCUCCAGGCCUCUUACGGCAACCCUAAUCCAGACAAAUCCGACAAGGAUAUCUCCUGGGUCGUACCUCGUGAGCACAGCGACGUUUCCAAGGCCAUCGUAGCAUGCUCGUACCUCUUUGUCGCUACAUUCGCCACCACUUGGGGACCCGUCUCCUGGACCUACCCGUCUGAGAUCUUCCCCGCCAAGGUCCGCGCCAAAGCCGUCAGCCUUGCCACCGCUACAAACUGGACUUGGAACUGUAUCCUCGCUUUUGCCGUCCCACCUCUUCUUUGGUCCAUCAACUGGAAGAUGUACAUGAUCUUCGGUACCUUCAACGCUGUUGCUUUCAUUCACAUGUUCUUGACCGCGCCGGAGACAAAGGGCAAGACACUCGAGGAGAUGGACGAUGUCUUUGAUUCUGGUCUACCUGCUUGGAAAGCUGGAAAGGUUGAGUCGCGUCUUGACCGCGUUGCCCGUGAUAUUGAGGAUGGAAACCUCAAGGUUGGUCGUCAAGGCCACGUUGAGGAUGUCAACGUCGAGGCGAAGGUCUAGUUUGUCAGUUAUCUCUCUUGGUUACUAUGAUAUGAGUAUGUCUCAUGUCUGCCUCUCGGUUAGGAUCGACCUACCACACCCAUACUUUCUACUGAAGUGGUUUGUUCAUACUGAGCGUCUAAUACACCAUGUUCUCUGCUGA